AUCAUCCUCCUCAAACGUGCUUUCUUCUUUAUUUUAUUACAAUUUAUCGAGAUUCACGAGUUUAAAAAAUCGUCCUCAAACGUGGUUUGCUUCUUUCCCACACUUUCGAGGAAUCAAGCAUCGGAAUCUCCAAAAACAGCCAAAGAACUUUCAAUCUGUCUGCAGAUCUCAUUUCUUGGUAACCUCAGUGGUUAACAUAUCAGCAAUCACAAUGGAUUUUGGACAGAUGAUUUUUCUUGCGGUUACUUCAUCUUUUGUUCUCACUUCAAUUUUUUCAUUAUGGCUCCUUACCCAACAUCUGUCUAACUGGAAAAAACCAGCGGAACAAAAGGCCAUUGUUAUUAUAAUUCUUAUGGCUCCUUUAUAUGCUGGUAUCUCCUACAUCGGUCUGUUGGAAUUUAUGGCAAGCAGUACUUUCUUUUUGUUAUUGGAAUCAAUUAAGGAAUGUUAUGAAGCUUUGGUUAUAUCUAAGUUCUUGAGUUUACUGUACAGCUACUUGAAUAUAUCCAUAAGCAAAAACAUUGUGCCAGAUGAGAUCAAAGGUAGAGAAAUCCACCAUACUUUUCCGAUUACCCUCUUUCAGCCUCACACUGCUCGAUUGAAUCAUCACACAUUGAAGCUUCUCAAGAACUGGACCUAUCAAUUUGUGGUGAUUCGUCCUGUAUGUUCCAUCUUGAUGAUUGCUCUUCAACUAAUUGAUGUAUAUCCAAGCUGGCUCAGUUGGACAUUUACUAUCAUAUUAAAUGUCUCAGUGUCGCUUGCUCUGUAUUCCCUGGUGAUUUUCUAUCAUGUAUUUGAUAAGGAGUUGAAACAACAUAGCCCUCUUGCAAAGUUCUUGUGCAUCAAAGGGAUUGUCUUUUUCUGCUUCUGGCAGGGAAUUGUUCUUGAGAUGCUCGCUGCAGUGGGCAUAAUCAAACAGGAACAUGCCUGGUUUGAUGUUGAACACAUAAAUGAAGCCUUACAAAAUACUCUAGUUUGUGUGGAGAUGGUUUUCUUUGCGAUGAUUCAGAUUUCUGCAUACAGUGCUACCCCUUACAAAUCUCAAUCUGCAGCAAAAUCUAAACUAGAGAAGAAGGAACAGUGAGAUGUCACUUGGUAUGGUAACAUCAAUUCAAAUGGAGUACUGAAUAAUAAAUCGGCCAUAAUGGUAGGUAGGUUUCAAACUUUCAUGGAUGCUUUCUGCUCUUCAGCAUCAAUUAUCUGUGAAAUAUUGAAUGUUAUAUUUGGGAACUCUAUUUUGCCUAUUACCACGUUGCAGGCGACAUUGUUGUCGAAAUCGAGCUCUCUGGUAUACAAACUUCCUUCACUUCUAGCUUCUAUCUCUUUUCUUUCUGUGUCAAUUUGCAUCAGAUCGUGUGGCUGACCAACCUGCUUAUGUUGCCUGUUUUGUGCUUCUGUCUCGAUAUUUAUAGCAUAAACAGAUCUUGUCUUGUUUGUGAUGUUAGACAGAAAUAAUAAUAAUAAAAAAAGUCAACAAUAGAAAUGGGGAUAA